AUGGCGUCUCUUCAGAAUGGCCAUGCCAAUGGCCUGAACGGCGAUACUCUGCCUUCGACGAGCUUGCCUGACAGCCUCCGCUUCUCCGAUAUCCCCGAUGCCAUCGACAUUCCAGCUUCCAGCUUCGACAGCGAAGUCGAAGUCAGUCUACUCGAUCUGCCCGAGGACCCAACCGAGCUGUGUACCCUGCUGGAAAACGAGAGAGCAGCGAAGAAUUUCUGGGUGAUUAUUGCUCUCGCGUACGCGAAGCGAAAGCAACUCGACCAUGCCAUCGAGAUCUUGAACAAGGGCCUGGCUUCGGUAGCUCACGGCGCAACGAAGGAGAAACUCGGACUCCUGGGCUGGGUUUGCUGGCUGCUGAUGCUGAAGAGUCGCCAGGCCCCCCGAGUUGCCCCGGAAGGCGAACUGUAUUCCGAAGCCAAGACCAAGGACCACUACUUACAACUGGCGACCUCGACAUUGAACGAGGCGUCGCGUCUGAACCCGGCGUAUCCACCCUUGUUUCUUGCGCGUGGUGUCUUGUGUCUUCUUCGUGCAUCCUUGUACCCCCCUCGCGCGGUUCGCCCCGGUGCUAUCGAUACGUCAGAGAGAGUAGAAUCGCUACGACAGGCAUUGAAAUGCUUCGACGAAUCAUCCAAGGCCUUCGGCGGCCGUAACAUCAUGGCCAUCCUGGGACGAGCUCGAGCGCAUUACAUGCUGGGAAGGUACACAGAAGCGUUGGAAGGGUAUCAAAAGGUUCUAUUGAAGAUGCCUCACCUAGCAGAUCCCGAUCCUCGGAUUGGUCUGGGAUGUUGUUUGUGGCAGCUUGGCUUCAAGGAUCAAGCAAAGGUAGCCUGGGAAAGAGCCUUGUCUCUGACCCCCGAAUCCAAGGUUGCGAAUAUCCUUCUUGCUGUGUAUUACCUCUAUGACAGCUCUCGCCGGUCGACCACCGAUCCGAUGUUUGGCUCUUUGUACAAAGUUGCGAUGACUCAGUAUACCCAAAAGGCGUUUAAACUGGACAAGGAAUACCCAAUGACUUGUGCUAUGUUCGGCGGCUACUUCCUCCUUCGCAAAUCCUACGCGACUGUGGAGACUCUUGCGCGCAAAGCUAUUGAGAACACGGACGUGAUGCCCAUUGCCAGUGACGGCUGGUACCUUCUUGGGCGAAAGGCGCACUACGAGGGUGACCCCGCCCGCGCAGUGGAAUUUUACAAUCGCUCUGACCAGGCUCGUGGCGGAGGCGACAAGGGCUAUCUGCCGGCUAAGUUCGGCACUGUACAGAUGCAAGUCACGAACAAGGAUUACGAUGGAGCAAAGUUCCGCCUGGAAAAGAUUGUCCAGCAAUCGAGAAACGCCGAAGCAAUGAUUCUGCUUGCCUCGCUCUACGCAGAAGAGGUUUUUGCUGCUCACAGAGCCGGCAGCAGGGAAGACAAAUCAACCGAAACAAAGCGAGCAAUCAGCCUUUUGGAGUCAGUGCGUGCUAUGUGGAAGGAUGAAAAGCUGAAGCUCUCGCCAGAAGAGUCGGUAUUGGUCUACCUGUCUCGUCUUUAUGAGAUUACGGCUCCAGACAAGAGUAUGCAGUGUCUGGCUCAGCUGGAAAAGCUUCAAAUCUCCAGUAUUCCGGAGGAUGACCGGCCGCAAGACAUCGAAAAUGAAGAUGAUAUGAACAAGGCUCUCCGAGAGCGUUUGCCGCCGCAACUGCUUAACAAUAUGGGCUGCUUCCUGUACCAGAGCGAGAAGAUUGCUCUCGCCCGUGGGAUGUUCCAGUCUGCGCUCAACGCGUGCGUUCAAUCCAAGGAGAAGGAAAACGACACAGACAACGACGCGCUCGUCACCACUAUCAGUUAUAACCUUGGCCGGACCUACGAAGCGGCAGACAUGUGGGACGAAGCCAAGAAGGUUUACGAAGGUCUUCUGGAGCGACACGGUGAUUACACAGAAGCAAGCGCACGGAUGACCUACAUCGCGCUGCGCCAGAGUCCCACGGACGAGGGCCCAAAGAAGAUGGCCAAGCUCUACGAAGUCGAUUCUUCUAGCCUCGAGGUUCGGGCGCUUUUCGGAUGGUAUCUCAGCAAAUCGAAGAAGCGCGUGGCCAACAUUGCCGAGGACCACGAGCAACGCCACUUUAAGCACACCCUGCAGUACUACGACAAGCACGACCGGUAUGCCCUGACGGGUAUGGGCAAUGUGCAUCUCAUCGCUGCACGCGAUAUGCGCCGUGAAUCCGACCAAGAAAAGGAGAAGCGCCGGAAGAUGUACCAGCGGGCCGUAGAGUUCUUUGACAAGGCUCUCCAGUUGGACCCCAAGAAUGCCUAUGCGGCCCAGGGAGUGGCCAUCGCUCUGAUCGAUGACAAGAAGAAUCACAGCGCCGCGGUGCAGAUUCUGUCCAAGAUUCGGGACACGCUCAAAGAUGCCAGUGUCUACCUUAACCUGGGACACGUGUACGCCGAGCUACGCCAGUUUUCUCGGUCUAUUGAACACUACGAGGCAGCAUUGGCCAAGGAUCGUUCCCGCGAUGUGCAGAUCUUGGCCUGUCUUGGCCGCGUUUGGUGGCUGAAGGGAAAGCAGGAAUCAAGUCUCGUGGCGCUGAAGACAGCGCUGGACUACGCGCAGCGUGCGCAGUCGGUCUCGCCAGAUCAGCUCCAUUUGCAGUUCAACGUUGCCUUGGUGCAGAACCAGAUUGCCUCGCUCGCGUACGGUCUCCAGCCUACGCAGAAGACCCUGCAGGACGUGCAAGAGGCUGCCGAAGGGCUUAAGGAGGCCAUUGAGACCUUUGAUCGCCUCUCCAAGGAAAAGAACCCGCCCUAUCCCAGCGCGGCCCUGGAGCAACGUGCGAACAUGGGCCGCACAAUCAGCAAGCAGCUGGAUCGUGCGAUGCAGAGUCAGAAGGAAUACGAAGAGAAGAAUGCGGCGAAACUGCAACAGGCUCGUGAGGCUCGUGAAGAGGCCAUGCGAAAGCGCGAAGAGGAGCUGCGCAAGGCACAGGAGGUCGAACUCGAGCGCAAGCAGAGGAUCGCCGAGGAGCGCCAGCAGAUGGUCGAGGAGGCACAGCGACAUGCCGCCCAACGCGCCGAGAACGAACGCGCCCGCGAGGAAGCUGAGUUGACGGCCGAUUCCGAGACCGGAGAGAAGGUCAAACGCAAGAAGAAGCCCGCUUCCAAGCGCAAGAAGAAGGGCAAGGACGACUUCGUGGCCGACGAUGAGGACGGCGAGCCAGCUGGCAGCGCAGAGCCUGAGAGCGAAGGCGAGACCGCACCGAAGAAGCGUCGGAGACUUGAACGCCGGUCUGGCGGGAAGGCCCAGCCGCAGGGCAAGUACAAGAGCAGUGAGAUGGUGGUGGACUCGGACGACGAAGAGGCGGUCGCGACCCCCAACGCCGACAAGGAAAAGGAUGAUUUGUUUGAUGACGAGCCGAUGCAAGAGGAUGAAGAUGCGGCGCCUCGUCGUCGCGCCAAGGCCUCGCGCCGCAUCACCGACGACGACGAUGAGGACGAGGAGGAGGAAGCGGCGGCAUCCGCCGAAAAGCAGACCGGGCACGAAGAAGACAACGAUGAUGAUCUGUUUGGCGAGGAGCCCGCGAAGGAGGACACCGAGAUGCAGGACUGA